AUGCCGCAAUCGUCGAGAGAGGAGUGUUCGGGCUGUCUGCAGAAGCAAAGGCAGUCAAACUUCAGGAACAUCAAAGAAUUCCCCGGUCUUAGGCUCUGCACGACAUGCCGAGGGAAGUACAUGCGCAACAUGAAGAACAGGGACGAUGACCCCAACGCGAUCGACGGCAGCAUGCAGGCGAUGAAUGGAGCACAGCAGGAGAUGCCCAUCCCGCCGCCGAUGCAGAUGCCGAUGGGAGUGCCGAUGCAAAGACAGCAGCACUCCAUGGCUAUCGGCGAGAUCUGCACAGCCUCCGAGGGCCUUGACAUGGGCAUGGAGGGACCGAGCGCUGGAAGCUCGAGGCCUGCCCCCUCCUACUCCUCCAUCCUGUCGCCGAGCAACGGCGUACAAGGAGGUCAGCAGGCGGCAGACGGCAGGGGGCAAGUUCACCAGUGGACCGACGAGGCGACCUUCUAUCUGCUCCGGUACAUGAUGAGCGUCGGCAUCACGACGCUGUCGAUUCCGCGGGGAUGGCAUGAGAAGGAAUCUGAGGGGAGGCUGCAGUGGGUGGAGAGCGCGGUCAUCCAGUUGUCGCUCACGGGCUUCAAGACCGACGCGCAUCAUGUCUACCUGAGGGUCCGCACCCUCCGCGAUCGCUUCGGCGUUGGGCAGGACUCGUUCAUGCACUGCUACAUGACGUUUGCUCAGAGCUGCGACCCGAACCGCACCAUGUUCAGCCAGCUCUCCAUGAUCUACGAGGAGCUCACCACCCUCCGCAAGGAGAACGCAAGUCUGCGCAAGAGCAUGGCGAAGCAUGGUGACCGUGUCAUACGAUGGAGCAACAUACAGGACCCGCACGAGCUUCAGUCGGAAGUUCGUUCGUAUGCGAGCAGGUAUGGAUCUCAGAUCGGAACCGAUCGUACGAAGCUUCCGGAUGACAACCCAGAAGAGCAGCGGGAGCAUCCCCUCCAGGCCAUCGUGCAGACUGUGAGCUCCUUGUCCAAUCGCUACCGAGCCGACGUCAUCAAGGCCUGCAUCGAGGCUCAUGCGCUGCAAUGCAGAAUCUCCAACAUCAACCUCAAGGACGACCCCGAGAUGUACAACGUGGUGAACAGCAGAUUAGCUUGUCGUCAGCUCCAGUCCGUCAACCUCCCAGACAUCGUCUCGAAGCUCGUGGAGUUCGCCACUGAGAACAUCCAGGGCCUGAAGAACUCUCACAGGAUUAUGCCCUUCCUCGUCCACGACUGGUGUCAGCAGGGGCUGUGCACAGAUAUCCGCAACAUGCGCUACUCUGAGCAGGUGCACGAGUUCGCGGAGAACUUGCGGUCAAACACGCAGGGCAAGGGCUAUCGGUUCAUGAGAGGGCGAGCCUCCAAGGGCAAGCUGACGCCUGGCAACACAAACGCGCGACUGAGCCCGUCAACGACUUACAUGAACCUGCCGCUGCCCAGCCCCAGCACGAUCAUGAAGAUUAGGAAGCGAAGGCGACAGAUCGAGCUGGCAUCGAUGAUGGGCGCGGCAGCGGACAAGGACGCGAUGAAGAAGCCGGCGGCUCCUCCCCCCGAGAUGCCAGCGGCUCCCAUGUGA